AUGCAUUCACCGGAUGGUGUAAACCCUUCGAAGAGAAGCUUUGAAACCAUGAAUGCAAAGCCGCUGGCUUCAGAUAUGAACGUGGACACUCCUCGCGCACCUUCUAACUUCAUACCCAGAGAUUACCAAUUGAAAGUCUUUGAAGUUGCAAUGCGGCGUAACACAAUCGCCGUCUUGGACACCGGUGCUGGUAAGACGAUAAUAGCUGUCAUGAUGAUCAAGGACAUAGGUCAAUCUCUCAAGAUCGGCAAUCAGAAAAAGUUGAUCAUAUUCUUGGCUCCUACUGUUCAUCUUGUACACCAGCAAUUUGAGGUUAUAAAGGUAAAUACAAAUCUUCACGUGGGAGAAUACUAUGGAGCCAAAGGUGUUGAUGAGUGGAACAUCAUGUCUUGGGAAAAGGAAAUUAAUGAACAUGAUGUACUGGUUAUGACACCUCAAAUUUUGCUGGAUGCGUUGAGGAAGGCAUUUUUGAGAUUUGAAAUAGUGUGCUUCAUUAUAAUUGAUGAAUGUCAUCGUGCUACUGGUAACCAUCCUUAUGCAAAAAUUAUGAAGGAAUUUUAUAGUAAUUCUAAAAAGAAGCCAAGGAUUUUUGGAAUGACAGCAUCCCCUGUCAUUAGAAAAGGUUAUGAGUUUUGUGACCUCAUUUUGCAUAUUUUCUCCAUGCAAGACACUUAG